GCGACCACUUCUUUUGGAUACACUGCUUCAGAGGAGAGCCUUACAUUUAGUAACAGUUUUGGAAUUUUUGAAAAAAAUCUUUCGGACUAUGUGGUAUUUUUCUCGCUGAUGGAUUAUCUACAUAUGUAUGGGAUUUAAAGAUAAAACAAGGAAUGACCGAAGCCGUACAAUGGGUUGGGAAGAUCAUUUGAACCGCGAUUGAAACGAAAGUAAACGUUAUGAUGCUGAGAAUCGACGAAGAAGACUUGGUGGACUCUGUCCCGUUGACCUGCAAUGAGGAAACGACACCACAGCCUCCGCGGGUAGCUACUCCUAGGACAGAGAUAGCCCCCGUGCUAUCGUUACCUCCACCUCCUCCACCAGUCCCGUCUCCAUCGCCUACCCAUGAGGAUACACAUGUGACCCAACGGCCGCAGCGGACUACCACCGUGGAUACACAAACAACGGAAACUCAGAUUUUGCCAGAUGAACGUUACACCGGCGAACACUCGCCAGAGACCGGAAUAAGGCAAACAUAUUUAGAACGUGAUACUUUACAAGAGAAUCGCGUGUCGGAGAGUAUAACACCACGUGAUCCGCGAGAACGGAGACCUCACCCCGUCCACCCUGCCGCUCUUCAAAAUGGCCACCACCAAGAACAUUUUCAAAGUGGUUACCAAGGCCAUGGUCAGUUUAAGAGUGGCCAUCAUCAUGUCCACAAAAACGGUGUAUCACAUUUAGUUAGUCACUAUGAAAAUCAGCACCAUCCAUAUGGACAUCAAACGGCAUUGCAAGGGCCUUAUCACCAACCGCAAGGACACAUGAAUCCGGGGAACCGUGCCUUUCCUUACUACGCAGGCAAUCCCCAUUGCGGACACAAGGUGCCCGACAGGAACUCGAAAACGAAAUCUGUCGACACAAGUUGCAUUGUUCAAAUAUUAAUCGGAUUAUGUACGACGUCCAACGCCGUCGUCAUGGUGAUUUACAAACUUUGGCACAUUGGUGCUGGGUUCUGGUGUUCAGCGUUCUUCAUUGCUUCCGGUGUUGUGGGGAUAUUGUCAAACAUUCGAGAAAAUCGGAAGUUGCGGCGAUGGAACAUUGCCCUCUGUCUGUUAAACCUCUGCAUAUUCUACAUAGCUUUAGUAGUGUCUGACGUCAUUGGUUUAGUGUUUGAUCUGAAGCAUGCUAAAAGUGGCGACAUGGAGACGUUGAUUAUAUGUCUGCACAGUAUCAAUGUGGUUUUCAGUACAAUUGGGAUGACAUCAGCUAUUUUACAGAUUACACCAAAGACGUACCCUCAUAAUCCUUACAGCGCUCAGAGCAUACACGAGGUAGAUUCAAGAGAUACACAGGUGUCGUCAAUGCUUUCGUCGUCUAAAACCUCCAAGCAGAAAUACCAUUUAGAUAAGGAUGCAGCUAGAUUGUUAGCACCCCCAGCUUCUCCCAAUUCACAACAUACUGGAUCGCAGAACUCUUAUCCGUUCCGGCAUCUCAACGGGAACCCACCGAGUCCGCUGCCGCAGCUCGGCCCGAUGUCUAGCCCUAAGAUCCUGAAAAGGGCGUCAAGCCCACCGCAUCAGAUCGGGCCCUUACCUAACCCGAUUGUUGUCAUGAGGCCACCGGGCUCACCACAGUUCGGACGGAUCAGUCCCGCGCAAGGAGGGACAGUCCACAGUCCAUCACAGGCUGGCCGAAUACCUAGCCCAUCUUUAGGACGUGGUUCGAGCCCAGUACAUCAAACCAAGGUGCUUCAUCCGUACUCGCUACCAGGGGAGCCAAAGGUGCCUCACCCUUACGCCUUACCUGGUGACAUAAAGGUCCCGCAUCCCUACUCUGUUCCCGGUCGGUCGCCGAGUCCAUCGUUGAAGUACAGCAGAGUUCCCAGCCCAGCAGGGUCUCGGCGGACCCACAGCACCUCGGGCUCAUCGAAAGCUUCCACUUGCACAGUCCGGUACCAAAAGUCAAGCGGGAGUACGCCACCACCGCCUUAUUGCGACGAAACGCCUAUGAUAACUCAUGGAAGACAAGGGUCAUCAUCACCCACCGCAAAGGUUAGGAACCAAAGAACAUUCCGACAGGAUACAGAGAACAAAAUUAGUGUGUGAAGGUAAUGUCACGUCUCACAGUGUGGGCUCCAAACAGACUACACUUGUACAGAACAAAACAUCUACACGCCCUCGAGGGAAGGCGUUUUACCCAAGUUUAAGUCAGCCGUUUAUCGAUAACGCUAUUCCCUUCCCGCCUUAUAACGACUGAAAUUGAAGUAUCAUUCGCUCGUUAUUUUCUUUACGCAGUCUUGUUUCUGAAAGUUGAUGGUUAUGUAGACUGUUACGACGACACCGUGGUGUAGCUCGCCAAUGCAGCAAUUUUGCCUGCACAUAGAGUUGUCAUUUAAUAACGGUUCAGUUGUUCAUGUCAACAAUUCAGUAUAGCAAAGCAGAAAACGAUUUUUCCGAGUAAAUACAUUUCCUGACCCUUUGCCAUGCAUUUGCCGCAUGUCGCUGUAUAACUAUGUGGGCCAAUGUUUUCAACUGUCGGGGGAGACUAAAACAGGUUUUACUGAAGAGACCAGACUUUUAUUCAAACAUACAGGCCAAACAGGAACCAUCACGAAUACAAAUGUACCUGAAAAUAUCAUAUCACUGACAAACAUGUAGAUACCAUCUCCUCUAAUGGAAAUGCCUUCAUUUUUCUGUCAGAAUCCUCAUCACGAACCGAGCAUAUUGUGAUAUUCCCAGUGUGGCCCCUGGUGCUCGGUCUUGUUAAGUAUUCACACUUCGCGAUGAGAGCUGAAUACUUAAGGGACUGAUACACACUUUGAUGUGGUGUUAUAAUCAAGAGACGGCUUACCCACCAGUAACCGCAUGGAAUAUACCAGUUAUUGGCUCAUCAAAUGUCUCGAUUUGGAACUACAUUUAUGUAUAAUAGCCUUUAAUACGUAUAUUGUGACAUAAAUUCAUGAAAAGCUUGAGCAUUCGAAGGAAUCGAUGCUGAUCAAUUUUACUGUGUGAUACGUUCAGACACGUUUAGCUUCCUGUUUUCGGCAAGUAUGUCAAGGAAAUUAGACACAUCCAACAAAUCUGACAUUGGUACAGCCCGUUACAAAACAAGCAUGGCCGUUCUGAAGUUAAGUCUGUCAACAGUGGUUUCGUUAAUCUCUGAGCAGAUUCAAACCAUCCUCCGGAGUUGCCUGUCUCGAACGCAUGGAAUCGGUGCACAGCUUGUAAAGUUCUGGGUCAGGGGACUUCGUACAUCAAUGACGUCCUCAAUUAGACUCUAACUUGUGCACUUAUCUUACCCUAGGGACGAGGUGAUUCUGGUAAGCUUGGCAAACUGAACAAGAGACUGACGUCAGGCUAUGGUAGCGUGUGCUUGAGAAUAACGGUGAUGCCGUACUGCCGAGAGAUGACCACUUUUGAAGCCAUCCUGCUAUAAGGUGUGUGCUGCAGACAAAUCUGCCGUAAUAGCUGCACUCAUGGUGAUUAUCCACCAACACGUACAUAAAGCUUGAUAUGUACGUCACCCCGGCCCAUUUCCUGAGAUUUAAUAUCUUCAUCAUUACCAUUAUCGAUUGGUAGGUUCUGUUCGGCUAAGUGGUGUGUACAUAUAGACUUCAUCAUGAAACCAACCAGGCUGACUCUUUCUAAGAGUGAGGAAGCUUUCAUGAAUGGUUUGUCUCAUAUUUCACCGAAUGGUGGACCUCGUCGCGAAAUUGAUAUGCACUUAUUGCCACUUUGAAGGAGCCGAAGGCCGAAUUGGUUCCAGUGUAUUAUUCAUUGUGAUCCAAUGUCCUAAAGGUCGAUUUUCGCUGAAGCUCUGUACAUUGGGUUAGUUACAUCCGCUGAUCUCACAAACGCAAAUCCUUGUAAAAAGGACGGAAGUAAUCACAAUUAUGUUGACCAGCCGAAUGCCAUCUUGAUGUCUUUUGAUAUCGCAAGAAGCUCCGUAACUCCUUCAGGAUAAUAAUGCAACAAGCCACAGGGAGCCUGGCAUGGGUGGUCGGAUGAAAUAUAAGAUAAUUCAAAUACUUGUGCCGGGUUCUCGCAAUGAAUAAUGUCUUAAGUCCAUGGUUUCUUUCUUUGGUUUUGGUGUGGCCAUGUGAAUCACUUAUACUUGUAUUUGUACUUCUAAAGCAUAAUCAGACACGUUCAAAAUAUUCAGCACGAAAACCUGAGUAAGCUGAUCUUAAACAUAGCUAAGCGUUUUCCAGAAGUUGUGAACCCGAAUUCAGUGUGAAUAUAUAUGAACACUUUGUAUCAUGGAGUGCAGACAAGGUUUUUUUAUCGGCCACUUCUUGUACAUAACCGGGCCGAUGAUAUUUGGAGACAAUAUUUUUCAAUUGUGUAUGCAUAAUAUGAUAAUGCUGCUGAUAACUUAUGUAUGUAUGUUUAAGUGUUCGAGUAUUAUUCCAUUAUAUACAUUUUCGUUGUAAUAUAAUUAUCAUAAAAGUUGUUUAGAAAUGGCAUUGAUGAAUUUCCACCUUUAAGAUGGAUCAUAUGAACCAAAUGGUACCAGGAAACCAUCGGUUGCAGUUUGUUCUGGGUUAAAAUCUUAUUUUGACUGGAUUGCUAUAAACUUAACGCCUGCAAGUAUACAUAUCAUUAAGAAAUUGCUGGUGCGUACGUAUAUUCGUAGUGGGAGUACCGAGAAUCUAGCUUUGCAACUGUGCUGGCUCAAGGUGCUGUACAAACCUUUCUCAGUAUUGUCCAGUAACCUGUCCAGAAAUUAGGGACUGCAGGUACCCAGCUACUGGCUAUUUAAGGUCAUUUGAAAGUAAGGCACUCGGACCCAUGACCUUUUGAUCAGAAGUCUGACACUUCUUCUACCUAGCAUCCAGUACCUACAUGUAUAUGUUCAAGUUUACGUGCUUGUUGAUUCUUGGAGCCAUGUAUGCACCAACUAUAAGUGAGCACUUCGCAUGAACUCAAUUUUGGAUGUUCAAAAGGUGAGGCAACAUCUAUACUUCACAUUGUGGAAAUCGUUUAACAAUCAAUAAAAAACGAAUGUCACACCAGGGUUAGGCGGAUGGGAAGAGUUUGAUCCAUAUACAAGGAACUGAUAGGCUAAAUCUCUCGGCAUACCACACAUGUGUAACAUGAAAAAAUCUAUAAAGUGGCCAAGAUACUCCAAAGAUCAUUUGGCAGGCAUCACCAUUAGGAGCGACCCAGCGUAAAUGGUGCUUCUAAUCAUUAACUUGAUGGGCUAUUUUGAUGGUCUCAUGACAAUCCCUGAUGAUAAUAGCAAUCCUAUAACUAUUGAUUUUAUCUCCCAAAGUGUUGCAGUUGAUGUGGAUAUUAUUGGCGUCUGUCUUAGUAUCAUAUUCACUUGAAGCCACAGGCAUAUUCCCUUAGGGCGCAUUCUAAUCGUAGUCUCGACCUUGUGCCCUAGCUAAUGUUGAUUAAAGGAUUGGUCUCAAUCUACUAAAUGUAGGCAGAGUCUUUCCAAAAAAUUGAAAGACUCUGAUGUAUGUAUUAUCAAAGCUGUGCAUUUUUUAAAUGUUUCCUUUCGAAUGCAUUAGGAAGAUGAGGAAAAUCGCAACAAAGCCAACUUCUUCAAUUCUUUGAUGUGUCUAGUCUGAGGCAUUUUGGAGAUAGGCAUGGUGAUUUCUGAUGUAAAGUACACUAUUGAGGGAUAUAAAAGCCAUCCUUUCUUUUCAAGAACUCCUUUUUGUGUUCACAUUCGGACACUCUCCACUUAUCGUCCUAACGCAGGCGUCUAUAGCGUUGGCUCUAGAUAUAAACAUAACAAUUGACUAUCUCCAUAGCCACCUUAAAAAGCUCUUGUAGCUAAGCAACUGCCGGAUUCUUUUAAGAAAAACAGAUUAAUAGAAUUUACCAUUAUUGGCCAAAGGCGGCUUCUAACCCAAUAGCGAACCAUCGCAAUAUUUCCUUGGAAGAUAUCCAAUGUUGGUCGAGAUUCUCUUUGCUUCCUGUCAGUGGAGUCUUCGAUGCUAUUUCUAAACACUGAUUUUAUGCGGUAACUAUUUUUGCACAUUGUAUGUAGGCUAACUUUUUAUUGUUGUUAUGGAGAAAUAUUAGUACAUGUGCACAUGUAUGGUACUGCUUAGUUAUUUUUUUAAGCCUUUUUACAUGUAUUUUUUUUACUCACCGUUUUCUUACAGUUAGGGAUUCGACUCGUUUCUUCUUGAAACACGUAUAAAACAUUAAUACCAGUAAGAAUAUAUGAAAUACUAUACAUUGUGACACCAUGCAAACAACUGCAUCUCACAAAACAAAAUAUUUUAUUAAAAAGCUCAGGCUUUCUCUUUGAAGAUGUGUUUCAACGUGGACACCGUUAUGCUGAUGACAGGGGCGUUAUAUGUUUUCCUGUCAUGGCAUAGGCAUAAGCAGCAGUUUAUAGGAGGUAUUUGCCAAUUACAUAUUCGAAACAAGAUUCACUUGCUUAUCAUAUUACAAUUCCUUCAUCAACACCUGAGUAAUAUAAUACCAGGUUUUACCUGAUUCUCACGAAACAUGUGAGCAUAAUUUCUUGUUCUAUCCUAAGGAGGUUUCUAAUACACGUGCACUUCUUGUGCUGAACUAUCCAAAGAUGUACUGCAGAGUGUAGUCAAUUGUAAAACAGAGGUAUUUAUUCUGUAGAGUGGAAUCCCUUCUCCGAUGCAUAGCAACAGGUGCUCGUUGUCAUGGUAACGUGAUACAGUGUGUGACCAAGGUCGAGUAAGACAAAAUGGUAAACCACCAGUGCUAAGGAUUGUUGUUUUUAUGUUGUUUUGUUUGGUGUGUCGAAGGGGUAGUCAAUGAAAAGUAGAUUUUAAGGUAGUUGUCAAGCACGAUACGAACCUUUACUCUUCGUUGGGUUCAGGUCUAUUAUUGAGACAAAAGGGGUGGGUAAGUGAUCCUCCCAUUGUGUUGUUUACCACUAAUUUCGACACUUUCCCCGUGCAUGCAUAUAUCACAACACUGGGAGUUCCUAAAAUCUGUGCUUGACAACUAGAUGGCCUUGACGCCAGCAUUGGUAACACAAUGCUUGCCAGUGAGUUGUCUGUAACAUUGUCAUUUUUACUCAAACAACGAUGUGAGCUUAAUAUGUUCCAUCCUAGCUGACGAUUUUGUUAAUUUCUCAUUCAAAAGCAUUGUCCUCAUUAUUUUAUUGGCAGCCUGUACAGAUCCUUCCAAUGUGGUGUAAGCUUAUAUUGAUGUUACUCUAUGGGUGCUAUAACUCUACUUGGUAUAACGGUGUUGUGCCAUACCGUGCGAUGUAGUUGAUGACUUGAUCAUAGAAAUCUUCCCGCCAUGUAAAAUUCAUAUUAUUUUUUUGUGCUGGCGGUUAGCAUGCUUAUUCUUCCCCCAUGAUAUACUCAGUCGAUCAUAACCACCGUUGCGAUGGAUGACCCAACCACACAUUCUUGAUGGCGAGUUGCUCACGAAAUGGUCGUUUAACGACGAAAUCACAACCAGAAUGACCGAGUGAAAUCACUGUAAGGCUGGUCAGUCAGUUUUGAUGUUUUCCAUAGCCAAUCCAGAACUGACUAUAGUGGCUUUUGCGGGCCAGCUUGAAGUCUAUUUGCAAAUCUAUUGGCAACUAAAAAUCUAUUCAAAACCUACUGAACGAUCAUCUUCCACAAGAGCACAAUGUACAGUUUCAAGGACUGUAGACAACAUUCCUUAUAAGUGUACUUGUGUUUAUAACAUUUCAAACCAAGUUACGUGUACGUGUUUGUAAAUUUGAGUACGUGUCACAAGGUGGGCCCGGGAAACACUUGGCCGAACCCACUCGACCCCGUCUGCAAAACCACUCUGGCUUUGAUACCUAUCGAUGACUUGCCUGGACCACUUGAGACAUUAUCCAUUUAAUUCAUGGUAAAGAGUAGUCGUUACGGUAAUGGUCAUUUACAUUUCAACAUUUUCCUCGAGCAGUAAUUUGGAAAUUUCAGUCAGAAUUGGGCCAAUCAGAAGACUUUUACAGUUUUUUGGGUUGCUGAAAAUGUGACUGGCACAAUGGUUGGAAGUACAAAACAAUUGUUUGACGAUAGUGGUAAACAAUUUCGAAUUUUAUGAAACUCAUAGAAUAUUUUGAGGCGAAGACUCUUAUUGACUUUGAAUCUUUUUGCGAAUAGGCUUCAUCUUGGUUGCUCUCUUUGUGGACUCCUGCUGCUGUGAAUAUAGCUCUGUUGCCAGUAAUGAUAUUGUUAAUUUAUAUAUAAAUAUAUGAUAUGUCUAUGC